AUGAGGAAAAUAAUACCACACAAUUCACCGAAGAAAAAAUUCACACCCAAAAGAAAGGCACCCACAGAUGAAGAAACUAAAAGAACUAAACUAUUGGAUAUGGCUUGUCAACGUCUUCAAAAACCCACCUCUGAUUCACAAAUCCUGGCCAAGGCGUGGGGCAUAGAGUUCGACAAAAUGAAAGCAGACCAGCAAUUGUACGCAAAAAAAUUCAUUGACGACAUUAUUUAUGAAGGACGACUUGGCAAUCUCCAUAGAAACUCUAUUAUUAUAAAUCAUUCACCUGCACCAAUCAGAAUACAUCCAAAAGGUCAUAUUCAGCAUCCAUACUAUUAUAGUCCAUCUUCACUGUCUUCACAUUAUUCAGGACCACCCUCUCCAUACUUACAAUCAUUUACACCAAGUCCACAACAACAACCACAUACAUUGCAACAUUCAACAGUUCCAUUCAAACAUCCAUCAAUACUUUCAAAAGUUGAAGAGAGUAAAAGAUUGUAUAAAAAACCUAAACAAAAUAUUGAGUCUAUUUGUCAGUUAGUCUUCAACUAUAUUGUUGAAGAAAUGCGACCUUUAAUCACCUGUGAAAAACCAGCCUUUCAUCGGCUCAUUAAAGAACUAACAGGAAUUACUGACACAGCUUUACUUCCAAACCGUAAAACUAUAUCUAAAGAGUUAAAACUGAAGUAUAAUAAUUAUGUAUCUACAUUAACUAGUUUAAUUGAUAAACAAGAUUAUAUAUGUAACACUGCUGAUAUAUGGAGAGCAAAUAAUAAGAGUUUUAUGGGGAUGACUAGCCACUUUAUUGAUAGUAAAACCUAUAAACGGUAUUCAUAUGUAUUAGGUUGCAGAAGAAUAAAAGGUAGUCAUAACUUUUUAAACAUUGCUGAAGUCAUAAAUGAAAUCUCUGAAACUUACCGAAUAAACAAUUCCAAAAUUACUCACAUUAUUACAGAUAAUGCUAGUAAUUUUGGUAAAGCUUUUCGCACUUUUUCUAAUGUUUCUACUAGUGGAUCUGAUUCUUAUAAUGCAGGUGACUUUAAUUCUGAAUUAGAAAUUGAUAGUGAUAUUUCAAAUAGUGACUGUGAAAAUAAUACUAACGUUGAGUACACUAAUGUAGGUGAUUUGCUUUCGGAAUCAAAUAAUUUAAAAUGGACAUUCUUAGAAGAAUAUUUUAAAAUAUUGCAGCCAUUAGCAGUUGCGUUAGAUAAAUUGCAGGGUGAAAAACGCAGCUUUCUGGGAUAUGUUGCUCCGACUAUAAUUGUUUUAAGGCGUUUAUUAAUUCAAUCUACACACUUGAUUUACUGUAAGCCUUUAAGUUUAUGUUUGAUUGUCAGUCUUGAAAAAAGGUUUGAUUAUUUGUUUAACUUGAGUUCUCCUAAGAGCAAAGAUUUUAUUUUAGCUGCUAUGAGUCAUCCAAAAUUUAAAAGUAGUUGGAUUCCUGUUAGAUAUGUUGACUUAUGCAAACAAUUAUUUAUAAAUGAAUGUAAAUUAAUGAAUUCUAAUUCUGAUUUUACAGAAUACGUUUCUUCUUCCGAUAAUAGUGAUAGCAAUAGUGAUACUGAAUUCUAUAGAAGUGUUUGUUCACAAGAUGAUUCCAGCAACCCAGAGUUAGCUGUUAGAAAUUCCAAUCUAACUAGAGUUCAAGCUUUAUCUUUUUUAAACUCAAAAAAAAAAGAACUAAAUAUCUUGGAUUCAUUUCCUGUAGUUAAAAAAUUAUUUUUUAAAUUUAAUACUUCAAUACCGUCUUCUGCACCUGUUGAAAGGUUAUUCAGUGGGGCAAUUCAGGUGUUAACUCCAAGGUGUAAUCGACUUGAAGAUAAAAAUUUUGAGAUGCUUCUUUGCUGCAAAUGUUUAAUGCAACAAGAAUAGUUAUAAAGGGUAUUUUUGUAAUAUUUGU